CAUCAUAUAUGUUAAAAAUAAAGAUUGAGCGGCAUGCAGUGAGGUUAAGUUAUCGUAGGAAAGGUAUAUUAAUUGCAAUAAAUCAUGAACUUCCUGGCCAGGAACGUGAUGAACUUCGCAAGAAUUUACAUAGCGAACUCCAUUCAAGGUGGCAGCUUAACGAAGCUUUGUGGGAACAGCUGCAGCCAAGGAAACGUAUUAGAAGCCACGAGGACGUGUGUGAGCACAGCGCUGCAAGCGCCUGGAUUGGGACAGAUCAGAUUUGGAAGCACAUUAAUGCAAAUGCAUAGGAGAGGUGGACCAUACAAAAAGCGCCAACCUCCGAAGAAUCCCCUCGAUGGCAGUCCAUUUAUGAAGGGCAUAGUUUUAAAAACCGUCAUUAGAAAGCCAAAGAAGCCUAACUCCGCGAAUCGAAAAUGCGUCAUUGUGAGAUUAUCGAACGGCAAGGAAAUGACGGCAUACGUUCCCGGAGUUGGCCACAACCUACAGGAACACAAUAUAGUGCUCUGCAGGAAUGGACGACUGCGAGAUACACCUGGCGUUAAGAUAAAAUGCGUGCGUGGAAAAUUCGAUUUGCCCCAUGCAGGCAAAUAAUCGGUCGCGCUUGUAAUUAAGCGCAAUUAAUUUGUGAUUAUUGUCACCGUGUCUGAUUAUGUUUGACCAAAUAGAUAUAAUUUCUGUAAAAAAAAACAUCAAUUGUCCCAUUAUUGUCUAUACUUUUGUUAAUUAUGUACAGUACAUACGGAUAACAAGAAUAAUAAUAUUGGUUCCUA